UAUCACUUCAAUUUUUCUAUGGGAAUGAAUCAAGCUCAAUCACUCAAAAGUAACGAAACUCACCCAUAAGUGUGUACAGUUGGGCCAACCAAACCUGACUUCCCAGCUCACCGGCCAGCAGGUGCGCCGUCCCCAACCACCAUCCAACGCAGUAGCUUUGCCCAAUACUCUCUCCGCCUUCUGCUAAUGGCGAGCCGUCGGAUCCAAAUCGAUGGGUCGGGGGAUCCACCGCCACGGUUCGAUGACGAAGAAACCCUGGAUGAGGACGGUGGCAGCCUGAGGCUUCGGCCAUCAGGUAGCAAUGUGACGGAGGAUCUCGAACCUUUCAUGGGAGUUAAGGUUCGAAGGAAAGCUUCUCGACACCGGGAUUACCUCGGCGAUUAUCUCGAUGUUCAAUCCAGCCCGCAUCUUAUGAAAAUUCUCGAGAAGCAGGGUGACAGGAAAGUUCUCUUUGCGGAUAAAGUUUUAAAGUUUACUGGCUCAGGGAAGAUGAAAAGACGAAUACUUCUAAUUACUGAUUUUGCUAUUUACAUUGUGGACCCAAAUACUGAUGCACUCAAAAGAAGAAUAGCCCUAGCCGCUGUCGAGAAACUUUGUUUAAGUGAACUGAGUGACAAUUUCUUUGCCAUUAUUAUUCCUACAGAAUAUGACUUACUCAUGGCUAGCACACGAAAGACGGAAAUUGUGACCGUCUUGGCAGAUGCUACAAAAAGUGCUUCGGACUAUGAACUCGAGGUUUCUCUAUCUAACAGGUUUGAGUAUAAUGCUGCUGCAGAAGUAGUGAAGGAAGUUCAAUUUGAGGAGGAAGAAGGUGGUGUGAGGACGAGAAUUGUGCAGAAAUGAGUUGCCCAGUUUGUUAGUUUUGGCCAUGUGGUGCUCAGUGAAGUAUUUUGAAAAUUGUACUGUUGUAUCCCCUGAGAAGGUGAAGUUCAUGAUAUAAAGGUGUUCAAGAACUGUAGGAAAUCAAGAUCAUGUCCGUUAUAUAUGCAUGUUACAUAUAGAAAAUGGAAAAUUCAUCAAUUUAUUUAUUGGUUAUCUUUCUUUCUUUCUUUGUUUCUUUUUCUAUUUUCUUACUUGAUUCAGUCAUUGGAUGGUUUAUUGUAAGAAAUUUUCAUUGCCUCACAUUAGUGUUUGUAAUCAAACUGAACAUUCGCGAACAAAAGUUCGUUCACGUUCGACAAAAGUUCAUUCGUUUGUCAAUCGAGUCGAAUUUGAACAGAAAAUUAGGCUCGUUUAAUAAUUGAACGAACACGAACUCGUUCGCCAACGUUCGAUAAUGUUCGUG